AUGGGCCAGUCACUUUCCUACGUUCGUGGCAACGUCAAAGUCCCUCCCGUGGUCGGGAAGCUCUACUGCAUCGUACUGACGGCAGCGUUUGAAGGCAUCGAACAAAGCACGAAGCGGCACCGCAGCGGCGCCUUUCUCUACCAGCGACGCGAUCCCGAAGCCGCUCUAGGAGCAGCAGCAACAGCAGUGAAUGGCGCCGUCGGCCAGCCGAGGGACCAGGUGUCGUCUCGCGCGCCGACCAUCACGGCCACUAGACCUGGUGAUGAGAACCUACCGCUAGAUGCAGUCAAGCGGUCACACGCCACAGCCAUCGGAGAUGGUGCCGCAGGCAAGCCAACGACACCUCAAAAGACGCAACUGCGCCACGCCGGCGCCGGCGCCGGAAGUCCAGGUCGCGGUGUCGACCCGAGCCCGGGAGCCCUCCGCGCGGCGAGGGAUGCCGCGCCGGGCGGUAUGACGCAGGCGCUGCCCACGGUCCCGGCCAGCGUGGCCUCGAGGGUGAUGAUCGAGCCGCGCAGGUUUCACCUUUCCCGUAGGCACAUGGCUGAGAGGCAGUCCUCGAUGAAUUCGCGGGUCACAAAAUCCUCGGGUACGUCCAAGGGCCUGGGCCCCGCGACGUUUGUGGAGAGGAGCAGCAAGCGGAAGCGGACCGGUGAACCAAAGACACCACUCACAGCAACGCACCCAGCACAGAAGACACCACAAAAGAUGCCCGUGGCAGACGGCCAAAAGGCGCUGGAGAGUGAUGGUGCAUCGGCAGAGGCCAAGACGGAGGAACGCAGGAAGCUGAAAAUGCCGUCCAAGCGAUCCGCCGUGUCUAGACCGUCCGGCCCUAGGCUGCCAGACUCUUUCGUGAACCGUUGGGACACGGACAUGGAUCAGCUUGCACGAGAGAUGAACGAUUAUACUCUGGAGCUGAUAGCAAGGGACCUGGAGAAGAUCAAGGAGCGGGACGAGGCGGCGGCACCAAUGUCGAACUCUGCGAGGCAGACACCAGUCAAGAACAACAGCAAUGCACCCAUGUCGACUGCAUCCCCCUCGCCUAGGAGAUUUAAGCCGCAGGCUCCUGCCAAACGCUAUGCGGAGCGUCACCCAGAGGAGGCGGCCGCGGCGGCUGCUGCUGCCGCCGCCGCAGAGGCUGAAGCGCAAAUGAGCAUGGACGUGGACGACGCAAGUGACACUGAGGACGACGACGGGGACUACAUAAUCGACACAUAUGUCCGCGUCGCUGCCGACAGCAUCACGACCGAGGCGACACCUGAUCAAGUCGGUCUGCUGGUGUUAGAUAAUGAGCCUGAUAUUGACUAUUUCUAUGGCGAGGAGAGCGACAGCGAGGAGGAGUAUGAGGAUGACGAGGAUGAGAACGCGGAAAAUUACUACACGGCAGACUAUCCGGAUGACGAGGUGGCUUCGGGUGACGAGUUCGAUCGCGACGCGUACCUGUAUCAAAUGGGUAUGUCUGAGUUCGACGGAGGUUCUGGAUCGGACAGCGAAGACGACGACGAAGACGGCGGCGUGCCGGGCCGUUUCAAAAUUACGAUCGGCCGUCCACAGAAUCUUCCUCAGCUUUACUAG